AUUCCUAAUGAUUCGAAAGUAUUUAGUUCUUAUCUUAGUCCUGGGUUUCCUUCAUCUCACCUGGAGUUCAUCGGGGUCGUGCAAGGAUGGUUUGGUUUUUAACCCCAAAAAGCGGGUAUGUGAACCGAAGCCAACGACAGAACCUCCAGAUACUUGCCGACCCGGAACGUACUGGAUUCUAGAGAAGAAAUCGUGUAUCAAGUUGCGGCAAGUAAUGUCUGGAUAUUUUCCUGCAAAACCUGAAAAGCCCAUCCAAGACCUGAAGUGCCCCAAAGGAUUAAUUUCUUUGGGAAAUUUGUGUGUAAGGGAGUUAAAAAUUAAAAAAAAAUCUCAAGGGAGCGGUAAAAACGGAAUAGAGGUGGAUAUGGACGAUAAAUAUAAAAUUGUCAUAAAAGAAAAACAGACUGACCCUCCUCUUGAUGCAUAAAUUUCAUCAUUUACCAGAUUUAUGAUAUAAAUAUUAAUCGAUUAUUGGUCAAAGGAAGUCUUCAAGUGUCCUUUAGUUAAUUUAUGAUUAAUAUAAUAAAACUAUAAAGUU